AUGAACGCCCAAAAUGCCCAAGCGGGCCCAAGCACGCCCCUCCGAAGACCCGCACAGACCAUCCCGGCCCCAGAAGAAAUGCCCUCGGGCUUCUUAAAGUGGCGCUCGGGCCUAGCGCAAUUUACGGGCCUCGGGCUGUCCGAGGCGGAGAAGCAAGAACGGGAGGAGGCCAAGGCGAAUGAUACGCUUGCAAAGGACUGGGAUCGGUGUGAAAAGUACAAGCGGGAGUUGAUGAAGGAUAGCCCAAUGGUGACGUUCAUGAUGAAGCACCUGGAACUGGCCGGAUGUCCCUUCCCUGCCGAUGCGAUACAAUGCCACCCAUGUCCCGAAUGGAGCGCCGGCGGGUUCUCUGCGGAGUUUGGGGUGCUAUUGUGCCAGAAUCGCAUGCUCAGCAAGAAACAUGUGGAGGAUACGCUGGCGCAUGAGAUGUUGCAUGCGUUUGAUCAUUGCCGGUUCAAGGUGGACUGGAAUAAUCUGCGGCAUCACGCGUGUAGCGAGGUUCGAGCGGCAAACCUGAGCGGAGACUGCAGGUGGACAAGAGAAGUCGGGAGGGGGUUCUACACGUUCAACAAGCAACAUCAGGCGUGCGUCAAGCGGAGAGCGGUGUUGUCGGUAUUGGCGAAUCCAGCUUGUGCGGGCAAGGAGCAGGCGGAGCAGGCUGUGAAUGAGGUGUUUGAUAGUUGCUUCAAGGAUACGAGACCGUUCGACGAGAUAUAUUAG